CAUCAAACGACGCUUUAUUAAUUCACUUCCCUUUCCUGCAUUCACAUUUUAUUUUUGAACGGUCUGUGCCGCCUCACAAUGAAAACUCUCUCCCUAGCAAUCUUUUUAAGCACUUUUUUCAUUGCGGGCUGCAUUAAUCUCGAGGGCACCACGGAGGAGUUCUUGAGGAGCGGUCACACCAACAACUGGGCGGUUCUGGUGUGCACGUCGAGGUUCUGGUUCAAUUACCGUCACGUGGCCAACAGCUUAUCAUUGUAUAGGAGCGUGAAGCGUCUUGGCAUCCCUGAUAGCCACAUCGUGCUGAUGCUGGCAGAUGACAUGGCUUGCAACCACAGGAACCCGAAGCCUGCUACAGUGUUCAGUCAUAAGAACGCGGAGCUGAACGUCUACGGUGAUGACGUGGAGGUGGAUUACCGAGGUUAUGAGGUGACUGUGGAAAAUUUUCUGCGAGUACUGACUGGGAGGCUUCCCCUCAGCACGCCGCGAUCCAAACGCCUCCUGUCCGAUGACCGAAGCAACGUCCUCGUUUACUUGACAGGCCACGGUGGCAAUGGCUUCCUGAAGUUCCAGGACUCGGAGGAGGUCAGUAAUGUGGAGCUGGCGGACGUCUUUGAACAGAUGUGGCAAAAAAGAAGGUACAACGAGCUUCUAUUCAUCAUCGACACCUGUCAGGGAGCCUCUAUGUACCAGAGGUUCUACUCGCCAAACAUCAUUGCUUUAGCCAGCAGUCAAGUCGGAGAGGAUUCAUUGUCGCACCAAGCCGAUUUGUCCAUUGGUGUGCAUCUGAUGGACCGGUACACCUUCUACUUGUUGGAGUUCCUGGAAGAUGUCCACCCUGCCAGCAAAACUAAUAUGAACGACCUAUUCAAAAUAUGCCCCAAGAGGCAGUGCGUCUCUACUACGGGCCACCGGGCUGACCUGUUCCUGCGAGACCCCAGCAGCGUCCUCAUUACAGAUUUCUUUGGUAGUGUCCGGAAGGUGGAGAUCACUACAGAAACUCUCAACUUGACAGAGCCCAUAACAUUGGUGGAAGACAAUUUGGACAACGGAGAGAUACAACAGGAAACACUCUCAUAUGUGGAUCAGCUGCCAGUGUCUGAGAUCAUCCAUCAGAAGCCCAAACAGAAAGACUGGCACCCUCCCGACGGCUUCAUCCUCGGUCUCUGGACGCUCAUCCUGCUUGUGUUUUUCAAGACGUACGGCAUGAAGCACCUCAAACACAUCUUCUGAGACGUGCACUGCGAAGAAGCCGAGGAACCUUUAAAACGGCAUGCUCAAAUGGGACCUUGUAAGAUGUAUGCCGACACAACUGUGAGGCUCAACGUUUCUUAUUUGUUUUUGCACUGAGACAUACUGUAUUUUGAUUUUUUUUUUGUAUUUAUGUAAUGGGUUUAAGUUAUAAGCAGAAGCCUGGGGCUUCUUUGCACAAUUAAGGCUGGAUUUUUUAUUGCUAAUCAAAGCGGUGUCUUCCUUUUGACUAACAGUCAGGGGUGCAACGGUACACUGAAAUGUAAUUUCGGUUCGGUUUUUCAAGUGCUUGGUCCGGUUCAUUUUCGUUACAAAAGCAGGGAAAAUAAAUACUUAAAAUUUGAGGUCGACCGUUAUGGGAUUUUUCAAUACCGAUAUUUUAAAAAAUUUGCAGCAGAUUGCCGAUAUCCAAAGCAGAUUUUGUGAGCCGAUAUUUGAGGCAGAUAUUUUUUUAAAGGCAUGUAGAUUAUGAAAGGCAAUAGGUUUAAAAAAAUAAAACAAAUAAAAAUAAAUAAAUAAAUAAGGCUUCAACAGCUUUAAAUUUACAAUGAUGACCUGAGACUUAAAGGAUUAAUUUGUUCUAAUGCUACCAAACCAAGAAUAAUUUUAUGAUUAUACACACUCAGCAAGAAUUGUACAUUAUUUUGAAAUAAUUAAACCCACCCAGAUGUCACGACAAGAUGUAAACGAGAGUUUGAGAAUGCUCGCCAUGCCAAAGCUAAUGCUAAAACAAAUAUGGUAAUGCUACGAGUUACAUUUAGAGUGUAAGGAUCACACAGUAAACACCUUAAAAUGCUAAAGCAAAAUUGCACAUUUUCUCAUGCAAGAUAAAAAAAAAAAAAAAAACAAUAUUCACAAAAGGCAAGCUUGAAGCUUUCUGUAGCAGCCAGCCUACAAGCUGCUGCAGGGUCCUUCAGGGGUCCUAAGGUCUGUCAGCGGCGGCCACAGUUGCCCACACAAAUGCUUGAUCAAAAUCCUGUUUUAUCGGCUUUGUUGUUGUUGUUGUUGUUCAUCGACCGAUGUUGUAAAAAAGCCCACAUAUCUGUCUACCUUUACCUAAGUGGUUUAAAUUUUAAAAAUGUAACUAAUAGAACAUGUGUAAAUAAAUAAAAGUGACCUAUUUGCGUUAUAUUAAAAGAAAAUACGCCGAGAUAAAAUUAAAACAAUUAUAACAAUUUGAAAAAUGUAAUUUCAUUUGGAGCCCUGAAUGUCCGACACUUGAACUCCUACAAGAAUUUGGUUCCCGCAUGCAGCACUUGGGUCGCACUAAUAAGAAAUUUUACGAGGGGAAAAAAUUGCUAAAAACAAAACCGAACAGUACGCAAGUGAACCAAACCAAACAUGCAAAAACGAAACGUUUCAAUAUAUCCACGUUACCAGUUACACCCUAACUGUUGAUAUUCAUGUACAUACAGUAGUAUGGAAAGUUUGGAGUCCCCUGACAAUUGCCAUGAUUUUCCUUUAGAAAUAAUUGGUUGAAUGGAUCAACAAUUUCAUUUAAAUAUAUCCUCUAGCAUACAAACGCAGUAAAAUCUGGGAAGUGGAAAAAAAGUUUAUAGGAGUUACAGAAAAUGUGUAAUAAAUAUUGAAAAAAAAAGAUGCUAGGUUCAUAAAAUUGUGCAGGCUUGUUGCUUCUCUUUGAAUACCUUGACCACUCGUUAUUAGAACGCCAAUUUUGUUUUGUAAGGGUUAGGGUUGAACCAUGAUUUACAGUACAUACACAGGUUAAAUCAGUCAUAAGAAGGGUACUUAAAGUAGCCAUUAUCAAGUGUUUCUCCUUUUUGUUUCUUCCCUAACUAGGUACGUCAUGGGAGCCUCAAAACAAACUCACAAAUGACCUGAAAUCAAAGACUGUUCAACGUCAUGGUUUAGGUGGAGUUUUCAACUGUCAGUUUCCACUGUGAGGAACGUAGUUAGGAAAAGAAAGACCACUGGCAGAAUUCUAGCUAAAAUCUCAGAUCGGUAGAGGCAAAGGAUUGUAAGAACAUAUACUUUGGACUGAUGAAACUGAAAUUGAGUUAUUUUGACAGAAAACAAUGGUCAAGAUUCAAGAAUCAUUGAAAAAGGUUAAGUUGCACCUGAGACGUAAUCUUCAACAAGACAGAGACCCUAAACGCAGUUCAAAAUCUACAAAGGCAGUCAUGCAGAGAAAGCAAUGUAACUUUCUGGAACGGCUUUUCAGUCCCCGGACCUGAAUAUUAUGGAAAAUCUGUGGUGUGAUUCAAGGUAGGCUGUGCAUGCUCGGAAACUAUCAAACCUUACUGAACUGAACAUGGUUUUUAAAAAAGGAUGGUCCAAAUUUCCUGCCAAUACCAUCAUUGGAUGCUGUAGACUGUGUUUUGAACCUGUUAUUUUUGCAAAAGAAGGAUCUACUAAAUAUUUAAUUUUUCUGUUGAGGUGCCCAAAUUUAUUAUUUGGAAUAAUUAUUGCACACAUUCUGUAACUCCUACUAACACUUUCCCCUUCUAAAAUAUAAAAUAUAUUUAACUGAAAUUAUUGAAUUAUACAACCCAUUAUUUUAUUAAAGAAAACCUUGAUACCACUGUAUUUCGUCAUCAUUAAUUACUGCAAUCUGUAAUUAGGGAUAUUUUAAUAAAUAAAGCUGUCCAUGUUUUGGGGAUUAACAGUGUCUUGGAUAAAAUUACACAAACAUAAAUUACUAGUUUAAGCCCUAGCAUAAUCAUAGAUGAAAAGUAUGGCAGCCCACCAGGCUUAUAAAACAGUUUCACUGAGUUGCACUCUUCUACAGUGUUGCACUGUGUCCUUAUAUCCAUAUUUUCUGAUCACUUGUUGCAGCCUGUUGCUCAAAAUGUACGUGUAAAACUAGUUUUUAACCGUUAACAGAUAUCCCGAUAUUGUCCAACUUAAACUGAUCUAUGCGGUCGGGGACCUGACAUAUUAUGGCUAAAUGUAUUGUGAUACUCCACUGGAAGCUUUAUUAAUGUAACAACAAUGUUUUCCAAAUAAAAUAAACAUUAUGUUAAAAAUAACACAACUUAAAAUGAAGUUAUGGAAAAAGUGCCUAUUUUGUACCACUAUAUUGUUGAAAUCAGUUUUAUGAAGCAAGUGCAAAGUGUCAAUAAGGCACUUUUUCUGUCCUCAGUGUAUAUGGAGGUACACAAAUGGGCAGAUAGCAAAAAUAUCGGGCUCCAAAGAGAAGUCAGACACUGGAGUAAAGUUGAAUUGGCUUUACUGUAGUCAUCUUUUUCCUGACAAGAGCACUGAUACUUUUUUUGUAAAACUAACAACAGAACAUUGUGUCUAUAUUAUAUGAAAUAUAUAUAAGAUAUACAAAUAAAGCAAAGUACACACCACAUGUCAAUUUGAAUAGAAACUGGUAGUACAGCUUGCAAGCAAUGAAAUAAUGUAAUCACACUUUACAAAAAUGGAAACGAAACAAAAUAUAUAGUGGGGAGAACAAGUAUUUGAUAG